CAGAACUUGUUGCAGAUCCACUGUCAUCUACAACACUCUGCUGUGAUAAAAUGGACAUUCCUAUCCAACUCUCCUGGCAUCGCCGUCACUGGUCCCCAGGCUUCUUCCCACAUCGGUUUUAUGACCAGUAUUUUGGGGAACACCUACCUGACAGUGAUUUUUUUUCACCCUUGCACACCAUGUUUUACUAUCGUCCUUAUUUCUGGCGCUUUCCAAAUUCAUGGAAGACUGGCAUGUCAGAGGUGCGAUCGGAUAGAGAUCGCUUUGUAAUCAACCUGGAUGUAAAGCACUUCACUCCAGAAGAACUGACAGUGAAGGUCAAUGAUGAUUAUAUUGAGAUCCGUGGAAAACGUGAUGAACGACAGGAUGAGCAUGGCAUUGUGGUGAUAGAGUUUUACAGGAAGUAUAAGAUCCCAGCUGGUGUGGACCCAAGUGCCUUCACCUCCUCUCUGUCCUCUGAUGGGGUGCUGACCAUUUGCGUACCUCGCCACCUGUUGGAGAUCACUGAGCCACAUCACUUAUGGAGAAAAUCCAGCAGGAGUGAAAUAAACCGUUCGAUAGUUCACGUCUGCUUCUAGUCUCCAAACAAGAUCAAGUAACGCCACCAUUAAAACAGACAGAAGAUCACAUGCUUUACCGUAAAACAGUAGAAUCUCAAAAUGUUGUGUAAACAGAAAUAUCUGUCCAAAUUAGAGUGUACAAUACAAUAUCAGACAAAAAACACACAGAAGAAUGGUCAGUGAGCCCAGGUUGUUAUACGAGUUUGUUUGGUUUGUUAUAUUUAUGGCCUACAGUGCAGAGAUGUAUGUAAUCAUGUGGCAGACUUGGAUGGUAAUUGUAACAUUGGCUUUGGGAGGAAGCAAUUGUAAUGGGAUGUGUGUUUUUAGAAAUACACAGGUCAAAAUGUUGGGUAUAUAGGUCAAUAAUGGGAAAGUCAUCUGUCUUGGGCUAUGUUGUGUAUUUGAAUGUAAAGUUCACAAUAUACAUAAACAAAGCAUCUUUAUUUGAUACUGUGGUCUAAACCAAUGGGCUAAUUGAGCUGCAUGUGUUUUGCUGAUUAUUGUUCCAUUUACUGGACAGCAAUAAUGUGAAGAAUAAAUGCAUGUGUCUAAUCUGUAUGAGGUUGCAUAUCUAUUCUGCAAAACAGUUAAACAAAUUGGUCAGUGGUACAACUAGAACAUGUCAUGGAUCACAAACAUUUAUGACCAGACACCUUGUAAAAUGUGGUGUAAUUUGUGUUUGGACUGAUGAGGGAAGGGGUGUGGCUAUUAUUAUUACCACCACAUAAUACAUUUUGUUGAUUACUGUAAUUCACAAUUUGUUUUAGUUUGUACCAUAUGUUUUAAAGUGAUGUGUUAUAACUGACAAGUAACUGUAAUUUGCACCAUUGGUGAUGCUCAUUAAAAACUAC